GGUACAGUCCCAAGCUUGACUAGUUGGCUACACGGGUCUCCUGGAGUAAGCAUGGACCUUUGUAUAUGGACAAGCAUCCUUCUGCUGGGGACGGUUGAUGCCAUGUUCAACAUGCCCGCCAACUUUCCCAUGCCACAGGGUUAUCCGUGCGAUGUUCUGGACAAGCAGUGCCCAGGAGACAUGGUGUGCCGAAUGGUGGCAACCAACUGUUUCAAUCCACCCUGUGAAGCUGUAAUGGCGUGCAUCGACCCUCCCCCGUCGACCCACGCGGCUUGUCAGUCCGGGUUCCCCUUGGUGGCCGCUGACCGGCGGAGGGAGAUAACCUGCACCCCAGGGGGUAUGCAGUGUCCGAAGGAGUCCUCGUGCGCCUUUGACCCCUCCGAAAACCUCGCCGUGUGCUGCUGGAAAGUGUACAAAAAAGGGCAGUGCCCAAAGCCCACGGGUCCGGGGUUCUGUGCUAGGCUGUGUCAGGACGACGGUGCUUGUCCUGGAGACCAGAAAUGCUGCAGCAACGGAUGUGGAACGCAGUGCAUGGAUCGUAUGUCCCUCGUCCCUGGCAAUAAACCUGGCAGCUGCCCCAUGAUGCCACCUACAAUAAAUGGCCCCUGUACCCAGAUGUGCAUUGGGGAUUUCAUGUGUGCAGGCAUGAUGAAGUGUUGUCCAAGUUCGUGUGGUCGUACCUGUGUCAAUACACAACCUGGGUUACCCGGAAUGACGCCUCAAGGAAAUCUUCCUCCAGGUCGAUCUCAGAACUUCCUUGGACGUCUUCAAUCCCUGUUCAAUACUAACAAUCCGGGAGGAGUAAUCCCACCUUCCCAAAUGGAUUCAUUUUUCAGCUCUGUGAAUUCUCCCUCUGGUCAGUCAUCAUGGCAACAACAGCAAAAUUCCAACAUAAUGCAGACACCGAGUCAAUCUGGAUCAAUGCAACAAAACCAAAGGCCAGUGAUACCUGGAAUGCAAUCGGGUUUUGGUCAAGGUAUGGCAAAUAACCCUCAAUCUUCACAGUCAGGGUAUUCACCAGCACCUUCACCAGGGUAUCCAAACAACAUGCAAAAAGGAUAUCCAGCUGGAUUUAAACAGGGUUUUCCAGCAUCCCAACAGGGAUAUCAAACAGGAUCUAAACCAGGAUAUCCAGCAAGGUCUCAGCCCGGGUUCCCUUCAAGAACUCAGUCCGGAUUCCCUGCAGGAUCUCAAUCUGGAUUCCCUGCAAAUUCUCAGACUGGACCUCCGACUAUUGCUCCACAAGGGUUCCAAAGUAGAAGUCCAACAGAUUUUCCGUCAGGGACUCAACGAGGUUUUCCAAUGCAAUCGCAGCCUAUGUUCCCACCAGGAUCCCAGCCAGGCUAUAAAACACUAUCUCAAGAAGGAGUUCAAAACAGAUCCAUGUUCUCGCCGAUGGGAUUCCUCGGCGCUCAGGUAGGAACAAGAUCUCAACCGACGUUCCCGUAUCCAAACAACUUUCAACAAGGCGUCUUAAGACCGCCUCAGCAGGGAUUUACACAGCCACCCCAGAACGUUGUUCAAGGGAUUCAGCCUCCUGGUCCUUUUCCAAACACAGGGUCUCAGUCGGGAAUACAAACAGCCGCGUCUUCAGGUCUCCAGCAAACAAAUCGAUUCGCACCCCAAACAGUAAGCAAUUCAGGAAAUACAAAACUACCCGGAAUUACAAUCCAACAACCUUCAAUACCCAAACCGGCAGAGCCAACAUUCUUAAUAGACAUUCAACCACCUUCCAACCUGGACCAGCAGAUUGCACUUCAGACUGCCCUAGAAAGCAUCAUGGCAAAAAACCGUCAGUCAACUGAACCAAGCCAACCUUCUACAACUGUACAGACAACAGAACAACCAACACAACCACCAACUGAAUCAUCGACAGAACUACCAACCACUCAAACCACUGAAUCAGCGCCAACAUCAACAAUUACAGCAGAUCCCCCACAACCCACAGGUGCAGGUGAAUGGUCGCCCCAGACCAGCAGCACAGCUGUUGAUAUAACAGAUACCAGCACAUCUACAGCUGAUCCUGCAACGACGUCCACCAGUUCCCAGAUCGAGACAACAAGUGAGCCUACCCAAGCAGCAUCAUCACAGAACAGUCCACCUCAGGCCAGUUCUGCUGAACCUAUGCCAAUAUCUCAAGUAACUCAGCCAGAUGUGCCAUCGACAAGCUUAACGUCUAUACCACAGGGCGGUGGGUCCCCUAAACCAGGCACUUGCCCUUUAAUGUCUGCCGUGGGAACAUGUAAGAAUACUUGCAUGGUCGAUACGAACUGUUUGGCCAAUUACAAAUGUUGCAACAUUGGACCAUGCACCGUUUGCAUGUACCCUGAAAUGGUCCCAAAGACCUGCAGUUGGGAAAAGAGGAUGCUGGGUGGAUGUUAGACACCACAUGUAUAAGGACCGAUCUGGUUGACCCUGGUGUCAAGUGCAAGUUUGGGUUUGUUUUUGGUAUACACUCUUAUCCAAUAACAUGAAUAUAUCACGUAUGCACACAUAACACGCGUUGAUGUCACUGUCCGUUGUUGAGGGAAUAUAUGGGCUGUUUCUUUCAUUUCGUGCACUGCUAUGGACAUGCCUUUGCUACUAUUAGGACAACUUAGUUUGAUGAUUCAGAAUGGCAUAUUUCGAUAUUGGGCCUGUAUACUUUCUCGAAUGAUAUCAUCAACAUUUCCAGAAGAUGAUUGUUACUGGAAUAACAUCCACAACGUUAAGCUAGCCAAAUGAAACAUUCUGGGGUCAAGGCAUUCGUUAUAGUCAAGACAUUUUACGUGCCAGGGUGACACAUGUCACUCAGACAUGUCAUGCAGGUUUUCAUAUUCGUGACUUUGACUUUUAUAUAUUCAUGAGAUAUGAAGAAGAACUGUAUAGUCCGUGAUAUACAAUCUCUGAAUGACAAUAAAAUGUAAAUAAAUGUU